AUGAAAUACAAUUUUCCACAAAUUCUCUUAAAUUCAAUCUUUCUCUAUUCGAAUGGCGAAGGUCCAUUGGUUGAAACAAGUUAUGGGAAAUUAGAGGGAUUGUACCGAAAAGCUAUCAAUGGGAAAGCUGUCAAUGUGUUCAAGGCUGUUCCAUUCGCUGCACCACCUAUUGGAGAUCUUCGUUGGAAAAAGCCACAACUGCCAAAGAGUUGGGAUGGAGUGAGAAAAGCUACAGAAUACAGUGCCGCUUGUAUGUCCAACUCUUCGACGACUUCUUCUCCGCAAAAAUGGGUGGACGAGGAUUGUCUCUAUCAAAAUAUCAUUGUACCAGCUGGUUGCUCUAAAAGCAACCUUUGUCCAGUUGUUUUUUAUUUGCAUGGUGGUGGGAUUAAUUACGAUUCAGCGGUGAUGUUUAAUGAUACUUUUCUCGUGAAUAAUUUUGGUGGAAAUGAUGUUAUCCUAGUGAUCACCGCGUUUCGUCUUGGUUUCACUGCAGUGCUCACAUUCGAUGAUGACAGUAUUGUGCCAAGAAAUUUGGCGAUAUACGAUAUCCUUCGAUCACUUCAAUUCGUCCAAUCGGAGAUCGGGAAUUUCGGUGGUGAUCCAUCAAGAGUGACUCUAUUGGGACACUCGAUGGGUGGUGGACUUUCAUUCAUGUUGACAAUGUCGAAAACGAUCAAUCCGGAUAGAAAACUCUGGCAAAGAUCGAUUGCCAUGUCGGGUCCACUGAAUGUGGCCAAUGUUGAGCUGUUAAAGAAUUUGACUAAGGAAUUUGUCUACAGAGCUGGGUGCUCUCCUAGCAUGGAUUUUGAGGGAAAUGGUCAACCAGUAGAGGCGGCAAUGAAAUGUCUUCAAACCAAGACCGGGAUCGAGCUUUUAGCUGUGCAAAGAGCGAUGGAAGAUGAGGAUAAAUCGAAAGUGAUCGGAGGAAUCUUGCUUCUUGACCCACUUUUUCCCAAUGAUGGAAUCCGAGAUUUCCUUCAAAAUGUUCCAUCAACUGAUGUUGUGAUGGGCUCAAAUUUGAAAGAAAUGGAUCGAUUCGCAGAUGAUCUUGAUCCAGCAGAAACAAUGGGAUUCAAAAACGUGAAGGAGGUCAAUGAGAAGUACAGAAGAGACGAGAAAAAUGGAGAUUUAAAGUUCAGCCAUUCAACUGACACUCAACUUCUUUUCUUGUCAAACUACUUGUGUGCGAAUGCGUUUGUGAACAGUGGAGGAACGGUUUAUCUCUACUCAUUCGACUAUCCGAAACAUCCAUAUCACACUGAUGAUCUCUAUUAUAUUAUGGGAAUUCAUCCAUUUGAGAUGGAUGAGAAUGAGAAAGAACUAGCCAAGCUUUAUCCUUACUAUUUCCUCAAUUUCUCGAAGACUGGGAAGCCAAAUGAAGAAUGGAUCCCAUACAAUCAACAAUGGGACAAUUAUCUAUCGAUCAACGUGAGUCUCAUUGAGAACAUUUAUCCAAGAAAUGAGCCCGAUUAUCACAAAGAUAUUAUCGACUAUUGGACAAAAGAAAUGCCUGCUUAUGAUAGUUGGGUUACAACGAAGAAACGAUGGAGGCAGCCUGAGUUCCGCGUUUCCGAGUUAGCUGAUGAUUUGAAAUCUGAUCUUUCGCCAUGUACAGCAACAGUUAUUUAUUAUCAUACCGGAUGGCUCUCCAGCAUUAUUUUUACGAUUAUCGUUUUCAUUGCCGGAAUUCUUAUGGGUCGGUACACGAGGAGAGACAAUUUGGAAAGAGAAGAAUACAUACCAAUCACGGCAUGGAAAGAA